ACAAGGAUAUGACGACUGCCCAGAACACGAAUAGCGUAGUAGUUGGUACAGCGAGUAAAAAAAGCAAUAAUACAAAACGGCUACAUAGUAAGACCUUUUGUGUUGCCGUAUGAACAAUUUAUAGCGGUCCGGGCGUGGAAGUGGUGUUGUCGUGACGAAUUCCAAUUUCCAGUCAAGUCCGCCUUUAACGUCGCCAAAUUCGGAUACGGUACGGACUUCCUGCCUUGUUGAAACAAAGAUAAAUUUUGAAGGAUAGCAUAUCUAUACUAGUUUAUGCUUUCCGUUUGAUUAGUGCUUUUUGCUGUAUCUAAUUGGAAUAAAAAAAAAAAAAUGGCAGAUGAUAAGAAGGUGUUGCUGAACAGCGAAGAAGAAUUUCACACAGGUGGAUCUCAGACUAAUAAUUCAGAUUCACCUACAUCAUCAAUAAUCGAUUCUGGCACAGUACCCACAACAAAUAUAAUUAGUGAUGGUAGUACUGAUUACACUGUCCCAGAAAUGGGACCAGAAAAUUCUGCUACUAAAGUUACUUGUAGAGUUUGUCAAGAGAUGAUAGAUGUGCUUGGUAAAAAGGAGCAGCACGUUGUAAAGUGCAAUCGCUGCAAUGAGGCUACUCCGAUUCGUAGCGCUCCAGCAGGGAAAAAAUAUGUGCGAUGUUUAUGCCAUUGUUUAUUAAUUUGCAAAAGUUCAUCGCAGCGUAUUGCAUGUCCACGUGCAAAUUGCAAGCGUGUUAUCAACUUGGCACCAAGUCCUGUAACUCCUCCAGUUCCACAGGUUCCAGGCAUGUGCCGUGUAACUUGUGUCCACUGCCAGGACACGUUUCUCUUUAACAUGUUACAAAACGCAUUGGCUAGGUGCCCGCAUUGUCGUAAAGUGUCAUCUGUGGGUCCUGAAUUUGCUAGAGCAAAGGCAAUAUUCUUUUUUAUUCUUGCAAUUGUCUUACUAAUUGUUGGCGGAAUUGUUUUGUACUUUACAUAUUCGCUUGUCAUGGAUCACACCAGUUAUUUAAUUUUGUAUAUCGCUCUUUUGGUCUUUCUACUUGUAGCUCUUUGGAAGUGUCUGUAUUACUAUCGAAUAAAGGUGAGCUCUAUCGAUGGACCUGUUUAAUUCAACUGUACGUAAAAUAUCUAAUGAAUAUACGAGUAUAACAUAAAUUGAAAUUUCUUUCGAAAAUUUGGCCAUUUUAUAUAAAUAAUAUUUUUUAUAUCAUGAAUUGUUUCAUUUAUAAAAGAACUGUUUCGAUUUAAUAGUUGAUAGAAUAUGUUCUUUGUAUUUGGGAAAUAUUUUAUCAUAAUACUAAAUCAAACAAAAGACUUAAUGGUGUAUGUUCAAAAAAAAAAAAAAACUUGGACCGUGAUGUUAAAUAUUAAUUAUUUAUUAUGAACUAUUUUUAUUAUUGGUACCAAUCGUGAUUUGUUUUUGUAAAUUGCACACUUUUAGUAAAUUUGUGUGUGUCAACAUUUUUAAUUUU